AUAGGCUAUAGGUCUCUUGGUUGUUUUCUCUUUGAAAUACCCAGAUUUUCUACAAUUUUCAUGAUGUUCGGACUAGGAAUGCAGGCCCAGGCUAUAUUUGAUGGUAUCGAGGAGCUGUGUUCUAAGAGGGAUGAGCUGAACCGUCAGAUCCAGCAGGAGGAGGAGGAGAAGGGUCGUCUGCAGCACGACAUCCGUGUCCUCACCGAGAAACUAAGCCGCGUCAACGAGAGCCUGGCCCGACGACUCUCCGUCCGCGCUGACUUUGACCACACCAUCGGCGAGACCGAGGGUGCCUUUAUGAAGAUUCUGGAGAGCUGUCAAACACUGCUGAGUGUAAUAAAGAAGGAAGCAGGAAAUCUCGGCAAAGCCACUGAACCCGGAAGGAAAGACCACUGACGUCCAGACUACCGCCCCUAAACCUUACCUCUCACCCAGACACCAGCAUUUCCCCUCACCCUUGUAACUGUGCACUGUUUGUACACUGAACAAAAAUAUAAAUGCAACAUGCGACCAUUUCAAAGAUUUUACUGAGUUACAGUUCAUAUAAGGAAAUCAGUCAAUUUAAAUAAAU